GCAGCGUCUGGACAACGGCUCGUUCAUCCUGUCGGGCGCCGCCGACUGCGAGGCGGCGCUGGCCGAGCUGACGCGCCGCCUGCACGCCGCGCCUCCGGGGCCCCCGGGGCCCCCCGCGCCCCCGGGGCCCCCCGCGCCCCCCGCCGCGCCGCUACUCAGCGCUCUGAUCUCGGCGGCGCCGCGGCCGCCCCCCGGCCGGCGCGUGCCCGGGGCGGUGGCCGCGGCGCCGAUGUUGAGCGCCUUGAUCUCAGCGGCGCGAAAGCCUCCCGUAUUAUCUUCGCCAUUAUCGGACCCAUCUGAAUCUGACGUACCGUCUACAUCUACGUCGAUUGAAGUAUCUAGGCCCCUAUCGGUGUCAUCUGAAUCUGACCCGUCGUCCUCGCCUCCUCCGAUGCCAUCCGACCUAGCAAUGAUACCAUCGGCACCCUCCGAAGGAUCAUCUACGCCACCGGUGUCUGCGCCGACGCCGCCGCCUCUGAAACGAGUAACAUCCACACCGACUGCGCCAGCAGCUUCCGUGUCGUCUGCUUCGGUACCGACCGGUUCGCCUGCUCAAAUUCGACCCCCGCAAACCAAAAACGGACCACCCACGACUAUACGACCAAAAUUGAAAUCGUCAGCGCGUACGAAACAAGUAACAACGGUGACUGCUCUAGUGGCGUCCACGCUGUCUUCGGCACCGACAGAGGCUCCUGCUCAAAUACUACCCGCGCAUGACACGCGGGCAGGAUCAAAACCCGCGCGGAGACGACCGAAGUUGAAACCACCGGCGCCGAGGCAACGAGUGACAACGGUGACUGCUCUAGUGGCCUCCACGCCGUCUUCAGGAGCGAGUAAAAUGACUGCUCGAAUACCAACCGCGGAUAACACGCAGGCAGAGCGAAAACCCGCGCGGAGACGAGCAAGGUUGAAACCUCCAGCGCCGAGGAAACAAGUAACAACACCGAUCGCUCAAGUAGGAUCCACGUUGAUUGCUUCGGUGCCAAUCGAGUCGGUUGCUCAAGUACCACCCGCGGUGAAACGGCCCCCGUUUAAACCAUCCAUACUAAAACCACGAUCGUCAAAAUCACUAGCGCCAAAACCUUCAGCGUCGAAACUAACAACGUCAAAUCCAUCGGCGCCGAAUCCACCAACGUUGAAACCAUUUAGGUCGAAACUGCCAGCGCCGAAAAUGGCGACGCCGAUUGUGCCGAUAUCCGUGCCGGUACGUUCCUUGUUGAUACCUCCCAAUCGACUUCAGGCAACAUCCACAAAACAAGAGAGUACGCAAUACGACUGGGACAUGUUGUCGGAAGCGGAGUUCGUAGCCAAUUACCGCUUGCCCAAGCGCCGCGUGCAAGCACUGGCCAAGGAGCUCGGACCAGUCAUACCGAACCAUUGCAUUAGGAAAAUCUUGUCAUGUCUGCGGUACUUAGCAACAGACACUGCACGCCCCCUAGCGGCCGCCUCGCAAGUUAUUGAUGCGCUCAACCAUCACACUUUCAUCAAUAAGUACAUCACGUUCCCGCUGCAGGCGGACGCGCGGAAGAGGGUUACACAGAGGUUCAAGCAAGCAUACAAGCUUUCAAACGUGUUGGGCGUAGUCGAUGGGGUGCAUAUAGCACUGCACGACUUGCCUCCGGCCCAUGAGGACGUGUUCCUCAACCGAGCGGGUUUCCACUCCCUCAACGUGCAACUUAUCUGCGACGCCGACCUGAACAUACUAAGCGUGGACAGCAGCCAGGGCGGGUGCGUGCACGACUGUGCCAUCUGGGCGGCGCACGCGCUGCACGUGCAGCUGCAGCGCCUGCACGAGGGAGGAGAACGCGUGUACUUGCUAGGUGACUCAGGCUACCUCCAGCGCGUAACUCUCAUGACCCCCUUCCCGACCCCCUCCAACUCCUAUGAAACCCUCUACAACUUCCUCCAUUCCCGCGCCUGGGGCUCCGUUAAACAAUGUAUCCACAUGCUCCGACGGCGAUGGAAGCGACUCACUAUACCACUACCAGAAAAUAAAGCGAGAAAAAUCAUCAAUGCUUGCGCAGUCUUACAUAAUAUGGCGCAGCAAUGUGGUGCUCCGGUACUUGUAACGGAUGUAGAUUUUAAGGAACAGGAAAGGAAAGAUGAAUUGUUAGAGGAGCAGCAAGAGAGCGCGGUGGUGAGUUUGGUGACGGCGCCAGACAGAGAGAGACUACUACGUGAGUGGAAGGAAGGUGUUGCUGCUAGAAAUCUUGUUGUGGAAUCGUUAAAGACCACCAUCGAAUCUGGUGUUAGAUGACGUUAAAUCGGCUUCACCUAAUCUUUGAAAUAAAGAAAAAGGUUUGGGACCGAGACCACUACCCUGUAGCAUUCCAAAGCAGAUAUGUUUUUAUUUGUAUAAGAGCUAAAAACAUUUACGAUUCAAACCUCUUACUCGUAAUGCCUCUAAGUUACUAGAGACAAUGAGAAUCGAAAUCCAGACAAAAUCACUAAUCCAAGCAAUAUAUGACUGAAUACUGAAUCAAAGGCCUUGGCUGGAGACUACAAAAUGGUAAUAAAAACUAUCGGGAAAAAGAGCGCAUAAAUAUGUAUUAAUCCGUGUUGGAGACUAUGCCUAUUGCGGGAUUGACUGUAAUGUGCUUUUGUUUGUUUGCCUUGAUAAUAAAUGAAGUGAUUUUGAUUUGAUUCGAUAUCACAAAUUUUGAAUUGAUACACAAAAUUUGCUGAAACCUUUUCUUUAAUUUUAGUAAAUGUCUUUUAUUUACUAACGUUGUUACACAAAUUGUGUAUCUGUUUAAAUAAUCUUUAUUGCUCUAUUAGUUUCGAAAUCUACAUAUUUUUUUACAAUUUUACCAUGUAAAUAAAAUCGGUACUUAUAUUGUUAAACAUCAACGAAUUGUUUUUUUUUAAGUAGGUACAACAAUAAAGUGUAUUAUUUCUUGA